AUGCCAUUUAUUCUGUUCCAGUGUGCCGACGGUGCUCCUUCAGCGUUCCCUCCCGUAUUGAAGAUCGAGCCCUGGGUCAACGCGCACGACCCCCAACCGGGGCCAGACAAUGACGAGAAGGAAGACGGUGAGGUGAGCAGCGAACUACAGGAAUGCAUUGACCUAUUGGAGCUCGGACCUAUCGCCGACAAGAUCAUCCGCGGGUCGUCCACGGAGCAGAUGAAGCGCGUGACGAUCGGAGUGGAGUUGGCAGCCCAGCCCAGUAUCAUCUUCAUGGACGAACCGACGAGUGGCUUGGACGCGCGCUCGGCCAAGUUGAUCAUGAACGGGGUGCGCAAGAUCGCCGACUCGGGCCGCACCAUUGUGUGUACGAUCCACCAGCCCAGCACGGAAGUGUUCAAUUUCUUCGACUCGCUGCUACUGCUCCGUCGUGGUGGUCGUAUGGUGUUCUUUGGCCAACUUGGAGAGGACUCCAAGAAUCUGAUCAACUACUUUGAAUCCUUUCCUGAAGUCAACCCGAUCAGGCCUGGCUACAACCCUGCUACUUGGAUGUUGGAGUGCAUUGGUGCUGGUGUUGGCGGCGGCAAGGCUGCUGCUAAUGCCGAUCCGUCACAGCCAUUGGACUAUGCCGAUCGCUUCGUGGUAAGCGACCAGAAGGCGUUGAUGGAGGAAGAUCUCGACCAGGAAGGCGUGCUGUACCCGUCUCCGCACCUGCCCGAGCUCAAGUUUGAUACCAAGCGUGCGUCGAACUCGGCCACUCAAUUCGAUCUAUUGUGCCGUCGCUUCUUCCGCAUGUACUGGCGUACUCCUACCUACAACCUCACACGCGUGUUUAUCAGUGUCCUAUUGGGCUGCGUGUUCAGCGUCAUCUACCAGGGCACUGACUACAGCACGUACACCGGUGCGAGCUCCGGCAUCGGUCUGAUCUUCGUCAGUACGAUCUUCCUCGGCCUCAUCAGCUUCAACAGCGUCAUGCCUGUCGCUGCUGACGAACGCACGGCUUUCUACCGAGAACGCGCGUCGGAAACCUACAACGCGCUGUGGUACUUUGUGGCUGGCACGUUGGUGGAGAUCCCGUACAUUUUCUUGUCGAGUCUGCUGUUCUGCAUCAUCUUCUACCCGAGCGUCGGCUUCACGGGUUACGUCACGUUCUUCUACUACUGGCUGGUCGUGGCCAUGAACGCCUUGCUGUUCGUGUACUUCGGACAGCUCAUGGUGUUUGCGCUACCGAGUGUCGCUGUGGCGUCCACUCUUGGAGCUCUUUUCAGCGGCAUUUUCAUACUCUUCUCCGGCUUUAACCCGCCCACGGGCAGCAUCCCAACGGGCUACAUGUGGGUCCACUGGAUCUCUCCACCGACGUACACCAUCUCGAUGCUCGUGUCGUUGGUCUUUGCUGACUGCUCGGACGGCAGCACGGACGGCAUCAGUUGCCAGACGCUGCAGGACGCUCCACCCACGAUCGGUGAAAUGACGCUCAAGGAAUACGUCGAGGUGACGUUCGACAUGAAGCACAGCGACAUCUGCAGGAACGCGGCGAUCAUGAUCGUGCUGAUAUAG